AUGACCACCUCCACGCAUCCACUCGACGACCUCGACGCCGCGGAGAUCGCGCUCGCGACGUCCGCCGUCAAGACCGCGCUCGCGGAGGACGCGGGCGACGACGAAGAAUCGGAGAUCCGCUUCUCUUACGUCACCCUCCGAGAGCCUCCGAAGCGCGAGAUGACCGCAGAACGCAUCCCCGCGGACUGCCAGCCGAUGUUCAGCCCGGACGACUGCUUCCUCGCGGAGGAGAUCGUCAAGGGCGACGACGCCGUGCGCGCGGAGCUCGUCGAACGCUACGGCGUCGACCCCGCGGACUUCGCGGAGUGCCUCGUCUGCGACCCGUGGAGCGUCCACGUCGCGACGCCGGACUUCGAGCCGCUGCGAUGGCGCGACGACGGCGGCGCGGCGCGACUCAUCCAGUGCUUCCUCUACUGGCGAAACUCCGAGGCGGACAACCAGUACGCGAAGCCGAUCGACCUCCUCCCCGUGGUGGACCUCAACGCGCGCAAGGUGAUCCACGUCUCGAGGCAGCCCGGCGCGACGCCGCCGAAGAUCGCGUUCAAGAACAACGUCAACUAUCACCGCGCGUCGCUCUCGACCAACGCGUACCUCGCGACGACGCACCGGCCGCCGUCGAAGCCGCUCCACGUCGUCCAGCCCGACGGCCCAAACUUCGUCGUGAGCGACGAUCGCGGCAGGGUCGUGACCUGGGAUAAGUGGUCGAUGCGCCUGGGGUUCAACUACCGCGAAGGCCUCGUGAUCCACGACGUCGCGUACGACGGCCGCGGUGUCGUGAAGCGCGCGUCUCUGGUGGAGAUGGCGGUGCCGUACGCCGAUCCGAACCCGCCGUUCGAGCGCAAGUGCGCGUUCGACGUCGGCGAUUACGGGCUCGGGUACUGCGCGGAUUCGCUCGAGCUCGGGUGCGACUGCCUCGGGCACAUCCGCUACUUCGACGUCACGAUGGCGAACAGCAAGGGCGAGCCGUACGUCACGAAGAAGGCGAUUUGCCUGCACGAGGAGGACGCGGGCGUGCUAUGGAAACACGUGGAGUAUCGCAACGGGCACAACGAGGCGAGGCGCGCGCGCAAGCUCGUGGUCUCCUUCGUCGCGACCGUGGUGAACUACGAGUACCUGUUCUACUGGUACUUCAACCAGGACGGCAGCAUGGAGUACGAGAUCAAGCUCUCCGGGAUGCUGUCCACGAAUCUUCUCUCCGCGGGGGAGCGCGCCGCGGAGGACGGCGGCGACGGCGGCGGCGACGGCGCGCCGAAGCACGGCAUCCUCGUCGCGCCGGGAGUGAACGCGCAGGUGCAUCAGCACAUGUUCUGUGCGAGGCUCGACGUCGGUGUCGACGGCGCGAAGAACGUCGUCGAGGAGGUGGACCUCCUCACCGGGUGCGUCGGGAAAGCAGCGGGCGUCGACGAUCCCUUCGCCAACGCGUUCGGCCCCGUCGCCACGCGGCUCGCGACGGAGAAGACCGCCGCGCGCGUCUGCGACCAGACCAAGGCGCGGACGUGGCGCGUCUCAAACCCCGCGGUGAUGAACCCGAUCACGCGCAAGCCCGUCGGGUACAAGCUCGUGCCGUUCACGCGCGGGCCGGCGCAGCCGACGUUGCUGACGGGCGGCGCGUGCGCGGUGGCGACCAAGGGCGCGUUCGCGACGAAAAAUCUGUGGGUCACGCCGCACCGCGACGACGAGCGGUUUCCCGCGGGCGAGUUCACGCCGCAGGGCGCGGCGGGGCAGGGUCUUCCCGCGUGGACGAAGGACGACAGAUCGUUGUUGGGGGACGAGGGCGAGGGCGAGGACGUCGUCUUGUGGCACGCGUUCGGCGUCGCGCACGUCCCGAGGCCGGAGGAUUUUCCGUGCAUGAACGCGGAGCACGUCGGGUUCUCUUUCAAGCCCGACGGGUUCUUUCAGGGGAACCCGGGGAACGAUCUGCCGCCGCCGGACGUCGCGGGGAGCAAGGAGGACGGCGCGUCGGCGUGCUGCGCGGCGAAGUGAUGAGGAGCCGUCGUGUACAGUGCGCACGAGUGUAUUAUGUGUCGGGAGCGAACGCGGACGAGCGCGGGACGGGCACGUUUUGUAAAAAGAAUGCAUUUUCAAAGUUCGCGUC